CCGACGCUCUUACAUACAGGUUCCUCAAUCCAUUGAUGCACUUUGAUGUCAUCUGGAAUCUGAGUUCAACCGGACGACAAUUUAAAAAAGAUUGUGAUUUUGUUCAUGCAGUAGCUGAGGAAGUAAUUGACAAAAGGAGAGAUGCUUUGAAUAAACAAGACAGUACCAAGAGUAGCAGUUACACCGACUUCCUUGAUAUUCUUUUGAAAGCACGUGAUGAAGUCGGGCAGGGUCUUACAAAACUAGAGAUACGGAAUGAAGUGGAUACUUUCUUGUUCGAAGGUCACGACACAACAGCCAGUGCCUUAUCAUGGAUCUUGUAUUCUUUGGCAGAGCACCCUGAAUGUCAACAAAAAUGUCAGACUGAGAUAGAUGAGAUACUUGCAGGCAGGGAAACAGAUGACCUGGAAUGGUCUGACUUGAGUCACUUAGAAUAUCUUACUAUGUGUAUAAAAGAAGGAAUGCGCCUACAUGCUCCGGUCCCGGGUAUAACACGAGACACCACUCAAGACUUUGAUCUAGGCGACAGAGUUGCUCCUAAAGGAACACAAGUCAUUGUUAAUAUUUGGGUAUUAAACCACAUGGAAAAUAUUUGGGGCCCUGAUCACAUGAAGUUUAAACCAGACCGGUUUUCGAAGGAAAAUAUUGAUCAAAUUGAACACUUCCAGUAUGUUCCAUUCUCUGCAGGACCAAGAAACUGUAUCGGACAAAUAUUUGCUAUGAAUGAAGAAAAAGUAGUCCUUACAAAGCUUCUUAGAAAGUAA